UUGCAGAAUGUCUCGCCCAGCAGCUCACAAUGCUGUUCAUCUGCUUCGGCGCCUUGGAAGGGCUGGCAUGGUUGAUGAAGCGCUUGCUGCGUUUUCCGGAUUUGAUUCACACACCAAAAACACAAAUGUUCGUAAUGUAAUCAUUGAUUUGCUUUUGAAAUCUGGGCGACUCGACAGUGCAUUGAAUGUGCUCGACGAAAUGCUUCUUCCAGGUUCGGAGUUUCGACCUAAUCAUAUAACUGCUGAUAUUGUUUUCACUAAAAUUUUGAAGUUAAAUGAGUCGGAGGGGAGGGUGAAGGAAGAUGAAAUCGCUGGGUUGGUCGCCGAAUUUGGUGAACACCAUGUUGUUCCUAAUCCUAUUACAUUAACGCAAUUGAUCUCCAUGCUUUGUAGGAGUAGAAAUACAGAUCUUGCUUGGAAUGUUUUGGAUGAUGUGUUUAUGCGGAAUGGUCUUAAGGAUGCUGCGCCAUGCAAUGCGCUCUUGACAGGAUUGGGAAAGAAGAGGGAAUUUGAGAAGAUGAAUCUGCUGAUAAGAAAGAUGAAAGACAUGAACAUCCAGCCUAAUGUUAUUACUUUUGGUAUUCUUAUCAAUCAUUUGUGUAAAUUCAGAAGGAUUGAUGAUGCACUAGAGGUGUUCGACAAAAUGAAAGGGGGAAAAAAGAAGGCGAGGGUCGUCGCACCCGACGCAAUCACGUACAAUACUUUGAUCGAUGGGCUGUGUAAAGCGGGCGAAAUUGAGACAGCCCAUGAGCUCUUGAAUGAGAUGGUCAGGGAACACCUUGCACCUAAUGUAAUCACCAUAAAUACUUUAGUCGAUGGAAUGUGCAAGCAUGGUAGAAUAAGCACUGCACUUGAGUUCUUCAGGGAAAUGCAGCAGAAGGGCUUGAAAGGAAACUCUGUUACUUACACGGUGUUCAUUAAUGCGUUUUGCAAAGUCGACGAUAUCGAUAAGGCGAUGAAAUUUUUGGAUGAAAUGUCCAAAGCCGGACGUUAUCCUGAUGCCAUUGUCUAUUAUACUUUGAUAUGUGGCUUAGCCCGAGCUGGAAGGUUGGAUGAUGCAAGCUUUAUUACAUCGAAGUUGAAAGAGGUUAUGUACCUAAACUAGUUAAGCUAUGUUCAUUGGCGUAAAUGUAUGUAUCAUAUGAUGUAUACUAUACUUCCCGAGCCUCUCAUACACAAUUCUUAGGAAUCUGCUGUUGCUGAGUGCAUUAUACCCAAACGGCCAAACUAUUGUCAUCAAUUUUUUACGAUGUAUUAU